AUGCUACCUGUGAUUCCAGCUCGGCAUGAUGCAAUACCAGUCUUCGCGCGUGAAGAUUGCAUUUCUCAACAUGCUCCCCAUCGAGUGGGUGUCUCGCGCCAUGGAUCUGGGGCGAAGGCAGUGCUUGCUAUCGGGUUGCCCUUGGCUGCCGCGAGGCACAGGGGCAGGCGAACUGAAGAGGUUGAGAGACGGCCCAAACCUCUGCCUGUGACCUAUCAUGCCCCCUGGCUUAUUGAACUCUCGACGGCUUGGAGGCAAGUUGCCCCUUUGAGGACGGCUCCGGUGUCAGAUUGUGAGACAUCUGGUGACGCUGAGAAGACUCAGGAUGGGGCCCUGACACCGGCUCUGGCGCCUCUCGAUAGCGUCGCCAAACGCCUCAAAGACAUGGUGUUCGUGAAGGACAUGCGUGCAGCCAUGACAUCCGGAGAGUUUGCUCUUCGUCUACGUGGAGCUGAGCGGCCUGGCCUGGUCGACUACGAGGGUCUUUACAACAUCCUGGAGACCUUCGCAGGAAGGCUUUCUGAGCUCAAGGCUUCGGAAGUCUUGCGCGAAGAGGAUGCUUGGAAGGCAGAGGAAGAUCUCAAGGUGAUACAGGGCAAGCUGCAAGACAGAGUUGUCGAAAUGACGCAGGACACCAGUGAGGCGCAUACGCAUGGUGAGGAAGGGAUCAAAAGCGGGAGUACAGAGCAGGACGCAGCCCGCCCGAGCUUGAAUGCCAAAGCAGCAUCGCAAGUCGGGAAGAAGUUCAUGCUGUACCUUCGAGGGGAUCAAAUGGUCGAUAUCGACACAGCCCUGCAGGAGUCACAAGCUGAGCAGCCGUUCAGCCGCGACCUGUGGGAGCGGCUUGAAGGCAAGAGCAAACACUCUGAGGGUGAGUGGGCACCCUAUGAGAAUUCGCAGGCCCGGCCUCCAGGUAUGCAGAUCCUGGCAAAGCCAUGA